CAUGACAGUAGUGAAGCUUCCUGUCUUCUACAAGCGAAGAGAUGUUCUCUUUUUCCUGACAUGGAUCAUCAAAAUCCCAGUUUCACUUUUUGAUGCCGGACUUUGAUCAGCCCGGCCUACUAUGUCAUCGAAUAUGAUCCAUAUGUUGGAAGAUUAUAAAACAUUUCCUGAUAUUAUUUCUAGCCAAUCAGAUGGCUUCAGCAUUAUUCCACCUUAUGGCGACUUUGGGCAGGACCUUGAUUCUUGCAAUGAAUUAUGGGGGAUUUGCAUUACUUGUACUUCUUGCAUUAUCUGGCUUUGUUCUGGCACGAGCUUUAGGAAAAUCUCAACCUGUAAUCCCUGACAAAGUUGAUAAUGACAAAACCACAGAAUUAUCUCCCAGAGAAACUACUGCCGAGGCCAGUCAGCAUAAGAAAAAAGGAAUGGUUCUUUCAUUUGAACCGUAUGCUAUUACUUUUGAUGAUAUCAAAGAUUCGGUUGAUAAGCCACUGGAAAUGAAAGAGCAACGGGAUUGGUGAAUAUAGAUUGUUGCUUCUGAAGGGUGUGAGUGGAGCUUUUAUGCCUGGUGUCUCAGAUUAUAUUCACGGACGAGCCAACUUCAUGCAAGAGCUGAGGCUAUAGUGACGAGAACCGUGAGGAAUACUGUAGACACUGGAAGAACAGCGUUGUUUACACUAUCCAUCAACCAGGAGAAACAAAGCCCUUAUUGCACAAUUGGGUGUUCCUUCCCCUGGUGCAAAGGAACUCUCUUUUACGUUCAUCAACCAAUGCUUGGCUUGCCUGUGGAAACAAUAUGCUCAUACUGGCGAAACACAUCAUAUGUUAUAGAGAAAGAGCAGCUGGAAUGUAUUCAGCUCUGUCAUAUGCCUUA